GCGAUGAGCACCGAUAAGCUCCACCUCCUAGUGGACUGGGGGAUAAACUAACUGCAUCAGAGAGCUAUGCGCGGAUCCAGUAUGCGAGCGAGUGCAGGUACAGCUCCAGCACGGUCAGAGUGGUGUGAUCACUUUGUGAUCUCCAUCAUCCACGAGACGAGACGAGAAGAAGUAUAUAUCCUGCGCGUCCCCCGCCAGCAUCCACAUCUCGAAAUGUAACCCGACCUCAUCCUGAUUCUACUGUCAAACCAUCAUGCCGGUCUCCAAAUCCGAUCCCAUCGUCAUCAUCGGCGCGGGCGUGUUCGGUCUCUCCACGGCCCUCCAACUGGCCACGGAGGGCUACACCGAUAUCUCGGUCUUCGAGCGCGACGACCAAGUCCCCGGCCGCUUCUCCGCCGGCUACGACAUCAACAAGAUCGUGCGCGCCGAAUAUGAAGACCCGUGGUACACGGAACUGACCCUCAAAGCCAUCGCCGGCUGGAAAACGCCCCUAUACGCCCCGCACUACCACCAAACCGGCUUCCUACACUGCGUCUCCGGCAGCGGCCCCCCACAAGCCACCCAAACCCUCGAACGCUUCCACGCAACGAUCAAGAACCACCCAGUCUUCGCCCACAAACUCCUCCCCAUCACCACCUCGACCCAGAUCCCCCAGGACGUCGCCUGGCAACUCAACGGGCCCUUACCAGGGUGGAAGGGCUAUUUCAACCCGUUCGCGGGAUACGCGCACUCGGCCAACGCGCUGCGCGCUGUCUACGAGGCCGCCGCCGCCGUCGGCGUGAAAUUCUUCCUCGGGCCCGACCGCGGCACGAUCACCACCCUCCUCCGCGGCGGGGUGGCCACCGCCCCCGGGAAAGUGACGGGCGUGCGCACGCAGUCCGGCCAAGUGCACAGCUGCCGGCUGGUGAUCGUGGCCAUCGGCGCGGCGGCCGGCACGCUGCUGCCGGAGAUCGGCACGCAGGUCGUCGCGAAAUCCUGGUCCAUCGGGCACGUGCGCCUCACGGACGACGAGACCAGCGCCCUGCGCGGCAUCCCCGUCACCUACGCCCGCGACCUGGGGUUCCUGUUCGAGCCCGACCCCGCCACCAACCUGCUGAAGAUCUGCCCCAUGGGCGGCGGGUACAUCAACACCGAUCCGAACACGGGCGUCUCGCUGCCCCCGCCCACACUGCGCGAGAGCGAUAACGUGCUGCCCCCCGAGGAUGAACGGCGCAUGCGCAAGCUGCUACAGCAGGCGCUACCGGCGUUGGCGGAGCGGCCGUUCGUGCAGAAGAAGCUAUGCUGGUUUGCCGAUACGGCGGACUCGGAGUUCAUUGUGGAUUUCGUGCCCGGGUCCGCCGGCAGUGUAGCUCUAUGUUCGGGGGAUUCGGGGCAUCUGUUUAAGAUGUUGCCGAUUGUCGGGGAGUGGGUGGCGCGGCUGGUGAAGGACGGGCAGCAGGGCGAGACGCGGUGGCGGUGGAAGGGGGCUGUGGGCGAGGAUGAGAAGGAGACGGGGAAGAAGUGGGCGGGCGGCGACGUGAGUUGGCGGUUGGGGGCGACGAGGGAGUUUGCGGAGAUCAAGCCGGUUCCUGGGGCGAGGUUGUAGAUAGAUUAUCGUCCUACGGCUUGGUUGAAGGUGUUUGAUUGUUUGCAUGUUUGAUUAAUUUGGAAACGAGGAGUGGCAGUUGGUACAGGACAUGACAUUGAUCACGUUUGCAUCAUUAUCAUUUACGCAUACAUACAUACACUUCCCAGAAAAGAAAAAAAAAAAAAAAACUACG